AUGGCUUACAGAAGGAAGCAGGGGAUCAGCAGAUCCUCCACUUUCCAGGAAGAAAGCAUUUUCCGUUCACCGGGGGAACCGAAACAGGGGAUCUCUAGAUCCUCCACAUUUCAUCAUGAAACUACCACUUUCCGUCCCCCCGGAGAUCCUUUUUCCUCCUCUUCCUCUUCCUCUUCCUCUUCUUCCUCCUCGUCUCUCGCUGCUCAGGCAAUUAGAGCCUCAGCCGCUCAUCAUCGUCGUGCUUCUCAGGAUGCUCUUUCGAAUGGAUAUAGUGAAAAUGAGGCACAUGGAUUUUGGGGAGUUUUAGCAAGGAAAGGCAAAGACAUUCUUGAAGAAAGCCAGGAAGGACGCACAAUUGUUGAGACAUCGCAAGAUCAUAUCUCCAAUGGACGUAACCCAUGGCAGAUGCAAACAACUCGGCCACAAACACAAACUAUUCAUGAAGAUCAAUUAAAAGCUUCUCGCGACGUGGCAAUGGCAACUGCAGCAAAAGCGAAACUGCUACUACGAGAGUUAAAGACAGUUAAAGCUGAUCUUGCUUUCGCGAAGCAACGUAGCUCUCAGCUGGAAGAAGAAAAUAAAAUGCUUCGAGAGGCUCGUGAGAAGGGAGACAACCCUGCAGAUGAUGACAUGAUACGGCUACAACUCGAGACACUGUUAGCAGAGAAGGCUCGUCUAGCACACGAGAAUUCAGUAUACGCUCGUGAGAAUCUAAUCUUAAGGGAGAUUGUUGAGUACCAUCAACUAACAAUGCAAGAUGUUGUGUAUUUGGAUGAAGGAUUUGAAGAAGUAACAGAAGUUUCACCAAUACCUGCUGUUUCAAGAAUGCUCUCUGCUUCACCUCCAUUAUCACCUAAAUCAAUUCAUCAUUCAUCACCAUCUAGAAACUCAUCAUUCACAAAUUUAACAGCUCUUGGUUCACAACAAGUAAAUACAAAUGAAGAAUUACCAACAAGUACUUCUUCAAAGGGGAAAGAUUUAACAAGAAAAUAAUGAUCUAACUAUGUUGCUCCUGCAAGUGCCAAUCAUG